GAUGACGCGUACGUAAACUACAUUUUCGUCAUCACGUCCUUCCUUCCUCCUUUCCUCUACUACCGGCGAGAAUGAAGACCAUUCUCAGCAGUCAGGUUGUGGAUAUCCCUGACAAUGUGGAUAUCAAGCUGAAGGGGCGGACAGUGACUGUCAAAGGGCCCCGUGGUAAACUUGUCAGGGAGUUCAACCACAUAAACCUGGAGCUCAGUCUUCUGGGCAAAAAACAUAAGAAGCUGCGUGUGGACAAAUGGUGGGGUAACAGAAAGGAGCUGGCCACAGUUCGCACAAUCUGCAGUCAUGUCCAGAACAUGAUCAAAGGAGUCACUUUGGGUUUCCGCUACAAAAUGCGCUCUGUAUACGCCCAUUUUCCCAUCAACGUCGUCAUCCAGGAGAAUGGAACAAUGGUGGAGAUCAGAAACUUCCUGGGAGAGAAGUACAUCCGCAGAGUCCGAAUGAGGGGUGGUGUGUUGUGUUCCACGUCUGCUGCCCAGAAGGACGAGAUUGUGCUGGAGGGUAACGACAUCGAGCUGGUGUCAAAUUCAGCCGCUCUGAUCCAGCAAGCCACAACAGUAAAAAAUAAGGAUAUCAGAAAAUUCUUGGAUGGUAUUUACGUUUCUGAGAAGGGAACUGUAGUGGAACCUGAACAAUAAAGAACUGGGCAGAAAUGUCAAACUCGGAUUGUCCAAUAAAAGCUUAAUAAAACACACUUUUCCAUA